GAAGCUUGUUUCAGCUCUAGCCACGGUGCCGCCUUCUUCCCGCCCCUCCCGUCCCCUUGACUCCCUUCACCUAGGAGCUGCCAAACACCUGGAUCGACCUGGGCACCACAAGGGGUUGAAUUUCUACCAUUCUCGGGCCUUUUUACAUUUUUUCCCGACCUCCUUCUCACAUCCGUAAAACUCACUGAUUGUUUUGCUACACGUUUUAUGAGAACAAGCUAUUUUCUAGGAAGAUGGUGGCAGAAAAAGAGACCCUGAGCUUAAACAAAUGCCCAGACAAGAUGCCGAAGAGGACCAAGCUGCUGGCGCAACAGCCGCUCCCGGUGCACCAGCCUCACUCCCUGGUUUCUGAGGGCUUCACAGUCAAAGCCAUGAUGAAAAACUCAGUCGUGAGAGGCCCUCCAACUGCAGGAGCUUUUAAAGAAAGACCAACCAAGCCUACAGCAUUUCGAAAAUUUUAUGAGCGAGGAGACUUCCCAGUUGCCCUUGAACAUGAUUCGAAAGGGAACAAAAUAGCGUGGAAGGUAGAAAUUGAGAAGCUGGAUUACCAUCAUUAUCUGCCUCUGUUUUUUGAUGGGCUCUGUGAAAUGACAUUUCCCUACGAGUUUUUUGCUCGGCAAGGAAUCCACGACAUGCUGGAACACGGGGGGAACAAGAUUCUUUCUGUCAUUCCACAGCUCAUUAUCCCGAUGAAAAAUGCCUUGAACCUCCGAAACCGACAGGUCAUCUGCGUCACUCUCAAAGUCCUACAGCAUCUGGCUGUGUCAGCUGAGAUGGUGGGGGAAGCUUUGGUGCCCUAUUACCGACAAAUCCUCCCCAUCCUGAACAUGUUUAAGAAUAUGAAUGUCAACUCCGGAGACGGCAUCGACUACAGCCAGCAGAAGAGGGAGAACGUCGGUGACCUGAUCCAGGAGACACUGGCGGUCUUGGAGCGCUACGGGGGAGAGGACGCCUUCAUCAACAUCAAGUACAUGGUCCCCACCUACGAGUCGUGCUUGCUGAACUAGCGGCGGUAGCGGCUGGGGCUCAGGGGAGGCUUCUCCGUCUUCGGCUCGGCCGUCUGCGCUGCCGUUAGCAUCUCAUUGUCUGUGACUUCUACCGCUUACUUUUCUGCAGCUGCUAAAAUGGUGGCUCCUGGGCCAUUGGACUGUUAGCCCUAUUGAGAGCGAGGCUUUCCAAUACAUAAAUAGUGCCUGUUGCUUAGAUCACAAUAGUGUGCUGUGCUUAUUUGCUCUCAGAGAAGAAUCGCCUCUUUAUACGGCUCGGAAAGAAGCAGGAGUCUGAGUUCAACCUUCAGUUGUAUACACAAUAAAACUAUAAUUUUCAUACGCAAUUCA